AUGGCCACUGUAAUUAUUGUUGGUGCUGGCACCGGGGGGAUCGCCACAGCAGCACGACUGGCUCAACAAGGGUUCCACGUCAAAGUUGUAGAACAACACGGAUUCAUUGGAGGCCGAUGCUCCAUUAUCUCUGAAGAUGGCUAUCGCUUCGACCAAGGCCCGUCAUUGCUUUUAAUGCGCGAGGUCUUCGAAGAGACCUUCGAAGAUCUCGGUACCUCGCUAAAUCAAGAAGAUAUCCGUCUCAUCAAAUGCGAGCCAAACUAUCGUGUUUGGUUCCCCGACAUGGAUAUCAUCGAGGUAUCGACCGAUCUCACACGCCUGAAGGAGCAGAUCCAACAUCACGAAGGUCCGGAUGGGUUUCCCCGUUUCUGUGCCUUCUUGAACGAGGCCGGUACUCACUAUAACCUGUCACUUGCGCAUAUGCUACGAAAGAAUUUCCCUCGGUUGCUGAGUUUGCUACGGUGGAAUGUAUUGAAAUCACUUAUUUUCAUCCAUCCGUGGACGAGCACAUACGCUCGAGCCGCGCGGUAUUUCUAUUCAGGGAAGAUGCGGCGCGUGUGGACUUUUGGUAGCAUGUACAUGGGUAUGAGUCCAUACCGGGCUCCGGCGACGUAUUCGCUGCUACAAUAUAUUGAGACGGUAGACGGAAUAUGGUAUCCAGAGGGCGGGUUCCAAAGAGUUCUUAGAGCUCUAGCAGAUAUCGGACAGCGAUCUGGAGUAGAAUACAUCCUUAACAGUCCCGUCAAGUCCGUCCUACUCGAUGACAGGGAUCGCUUCGCAAAAGGCAUCGUUCUGGAAGAUGGCAAAGAGCUCUAUGCUGACUUAGUCGUAAUCAACGCUGACCUUGUCUACGCAUACAAUGAACUCCUUCCAAAGACACACCGGUCGCACAACCUGAAAAAAAGACCAGCAUCGUGCAGUAGCAUUUCAUUUUUCUGGUCUUUCGAUGAGAAACUGCCUCCCUUACGAGCACACAAUAUCUUCCUGGCUGAGGAGUACCGGGAAAGCUUUGAUGCCAUCUUCGAGGAACAUCGUAUUCCCGACGAACCGUCAUUCUAUGUGAAUAUACCGAGUAAGAUCGAUUCAACCGCUGCACCCCCUGGUAAAGACGCUGUUGUCGUCUUGGUCCCAGUGGGCCAUUUGACAUCAGAAAUUGGAGGACAACUGGAACAAGAGAAAUGGGAUAUCCUAGUAUCUCAAACGCGCGAAAUUGUCCUGGACACUAUCGAGGCUCGCACGGGGCUCCAAGGCUUGCGGUCCAAGCUGGUCCACGAAACGGUUGAGACACCGCUUACCUGGGAAAAGAAAUACAAUCUCGACCGUGGUGCGAUCUUAGGCCUAUCGCACUCGUUCUUUAAUGUGCUCAGCUUCAGGCCGAAGACCAAGCAUCCGGACAUUGAGCGGCUUUAUUUUGUUGGAGCCAGCACGCAUCCGGGGACAGGCGUUCCUGUUUGUCUGUUAGGGAGCAAGCUUGUCGCUCAGCAAAUAGUGGAAGAUUGGAACAUGGAAAUUGAGCAGAACCCUCGAAUGGGGUUAAUAUUGACAGUAGUGAUGGCUCUGUUGGCUCUGGUGGUGUCAGUUUUCUGGAAGCAGCAUUAG